AUGAAUCGAUUUACUAUUGUUCAAAGAUCAUUUUUUAUAUUUUCACUUAUUGCUCUUUUUUGGAUAAUAUUUAUCAUAAUCUAUAUGUUAAGUCGUAUUAUUAUUCGAUUUAUAACAAAUUUCAAACGUUUACGUAUUCAAUAUGAUUCACCAUCAAUAUCAAAUGAAAAAAUUUGUCGAGCAUUUGUUAUAUCAUCAAAUCAAUAUGGAUCAUUUCGUCCAACAUAUCUACCAACACCAUUACUUUAUCGUUCUAAUAGUCUUUUUUCAAAUUGUGAUUUUAUAUUAAAUAAUAAUGAACAAACAACAUCACAAACAGUAUUUAAUAUUAAUUUACAAUCAAAUACAACGAAUCCUAGUUUAUUAGAAUAUUAUUUAAAAACUUAUAAUCCAUUAAAUAUUGAUUUAAAAAAUAAUAAUAAUAAUAAUAAUAAUAAUAAUCAAGAAAUUAUUACAACAUCACCUAUUAAAGAUGAAUCUUAUGAAGAAGCACCAAGUGAUACUGACACACGUCCAAUAGCAAAUUGUUAUGCACUAAAUUGUACAAACAAACGAAAAUUAUAUCAUGGUAGACAAUAUACUCGUCUUAAAGAACAAGAAAAUUGCUCGGCAACUAUGAGUAUUGCUGAUGAUCGACUGUCUGAAUGUAGUACAAAAUUAACUACUAUCACAUUGCCUACAGUGAUGAUCACAGAUUGUUCUGAUAGUCAACGAUUACAUACAGAUAUCAUUGAACUAAAUGAGGAUGAGAAGGACAAAUAA